AUGGAUAAUGCUCCAUAUCAUUCGGUGAAGCUGGAGAAAGAGUCGAAGAUGUCAACUCUCACGAAACACAUUCAGACGUGGCUGCCAACAAAAGGUGAGACCUGGAGCCCGGACAUGAUCGAGGCAAAGCUGUUGAAGAUUGUGCCCAUGACCAAGCACGACGGAGAAAAGUACCGCAUUGACACGAUUGCUGCUGCCGCCGGCCGCACUGUCGUAAGGCUCCCACCUUACCAUUGCCAGUUGAGCCCGAUCGAGUUGGCAAGGGGCGACAUGAAGGUUUAUGUUGGGUCCCUUAACAAGAAGUUCAAGAUGGCCCAACAAGGACCUCUCGUUUAUGAAGCUAUUAAUCACGUAACUAUAGAAAAACGGACCAAUUUCGUGCGGCACGUGGUUGAUGAGGAAGCGGCACUGAGGAAGGUUGACUACAUCAUGGACUAA